AUGCCCCGCCGCAGCGGCACCUCGUCACGGUCAGAUGACACAGCGACUACCACAACGCUCCCAGAGAAGGUCCAGUGGCCAUCCACAUUCACAGAUGGUCUACCGCUACCGAAAAUCAUGGUGUUCGACCUAGAUUACACAUUGUGGCCGUUUUGGGUAGACACGCAUGUCACAGGGCCCAUCAAGGCGACAGAAGGCGGGCUGAAGGUCAAGGAUCGGUACGGGGAGGCAUACGGCUUCUACAACGAUGUUGGGGGCGUGCUCGUGGCGCUCAAAGCGAAAAACAUCCUCGUUGGCGCCGCCUCCCGCACGCACGCGCCAGAUCUCGGCCGCGAAAUGCUGAGGCUCCUGAAAAUCCCCAGUUCUUCCGGCUCCUCGACACGUGCAAUAGACUACUUCGACCACCUGCAGAUCUACCCCGGCAGCAAGACGACGCACUUCGAGCGCAUACACAGAGACAGUGGGAUAGAGUACGAGGAGAUGCUGUUCUUUGAUGACGAGAGCAGAAACAAGAAUGUGGAAGUGCUCGGCGUUACGAUGAAAUUGGUCCCAAGAGGAGUCUCGAGGGACGUGAUUGAUGAGGGCGUCCGGGGGUGGAGGAAGAGGCACGGACGCGAGCAUGCCUAG